CCGCAACCCUUCCGUACCAAACCCAAUUUCCCCCUUUACACACACACACACACACACACACACACUCUCUCUCUCUCUCUCUCUCUCUAAACCUCACACCGAAAACUACACUCCAAUCUUUCGAUUCCUACUUUGUUUCCAUUUCAUAACUACACCAAUUUCUCCCCUAAGGACCAGCCGCUACUAUUUUUUUUCUCCGCUACCAUUGUUUUACCGAGGAAUAAGAAAAAGCGUUCUUAGGGUUUUUUAUUCUCUGCGACCCUUUCAGCAUUUGUGUUCCCUGCACCUUAUUCUAACGAUAUUAGGGUUCAUCAUUUUGGGGCUAAUUUUUGUUCUUUUUUUAUUUGGAACUAACUAAAUUGUUUAAGAUGUAUGCUGAUCGGGUGGAGAGUGGAACGAGAAGGUCUGUGAAGGAACGUCUUGAUGGGAAUAGCGUCACUGUCUCUAGUCGGCAGCAACGCCAAGUCACUGGGAAAAGGCAGAGGCAAGAUGACAAGUGGGAACAUGAUCUAUUCAAUGAUGAUGAACCCUGGAUCACUAAUCGCAAAGUUACUCGUCAAGAUCUCCGUGUUAAGCUUCAAAAGAAAGGUCUUCAACCUGAUACCCAAAGUGGAAAGAGUUCUGCUCCAAACAUCCGGGAUCUUCGUGAAAGACUAUCAGGGACAAUGAAUUCACAGCCUAAAAAUACCGAUCCACCAAAGUCAAAAGUGAUUGCUAAACCGAGCAGUAAAAGUGCUGGUGUUGAGGCUCCUGCAGUCAAAAGACCUGCUAACCCAGCUCCUAAAAGGGCACGGAAGGAUGAUACAUCAGUGGAUGAAUUUUUGCUGUCCUUGGGUCUCGAAAAGUAUCUCAUAACUUUUCAGGCUGAAGAAGUUGAUAUGACAGCUCUCAAACAUAUGACUGAUGAGGACCUCAAGGCUAUGAGUAUACCAAUGGGGCCAAGAAAGAAGAUACUUUUAGCUUUGGAUUCAAAAGUCUAAACAUUCAGUGUUGAAAUUGACGUUCUUCGCUGGAUGAACCUGGACCUGCUGCUUACGGACAAUGGGGGAAGAUUGAUUAGUAUCUCAAAACUAAGUGUAAUAGCAUGUUUCUUUGACUAUUUUCAUUUUUCUUGUCUUACUUCCCCUAUUUUUUUUAAGACAUGAAUCAGAUUAGUUUUGUAGUUUAUUUGGCAAAACCCUUCAAUCUCCUAAAUUUCUUAAUUGUACUUAGUUAUUAAUGGAUUUCAAAGGAGUUUGCCUUUUAAUUUGUCCAAGGUUUGAA